GCUGCGGCCCUGGGCUCAUGGCGCUGUACCAUCUCUUCUCUCACCCGGUCGAGCGCGCCUACCGCGCGGGGCUCUGCUCCAAGGCCGCUCUCUUCCUGCUGCUGACCACCGCGCUCACCUACAUCCCCCCGUUGCUGGUGGCCUUUCGGAGCCACGGGUUUUGGCUGAAGCGCAGCAGCUACGAAGAGCAGCCGAACGUGCGCUUCCAGCACCAAGUGCUGCUCGUGGCUCUACUGGGGCCCGAGCCGGGAGCCUUCCUCGCCUGGAGCACGUACCCCACUUUCAACCGGCUGCAGGGGGUUCACCUGCGGGUUCCGCUCGUGUCGACCAGAGAAGAAGACAGGAACCAGGAUGGAAAAAUGGAUGUACUAUACUUUAAACUUGAACUUCCCCUGCAGUCCACAGAGCAAGUGCUCGGUGUGCAGCUUAUCCUGACCUUCUCCUACCAACUGCACAGGAUGUCAACAUUCGAGAUGCAGAGCAUGGCGUUUCUCCAGUCCUCCUUUGCUGUUCCCGGGUCACAGUUACACGUGAAUGGCGACCUGAGGCUGCAACAGAAGCAGCCACUGAGCUACCGUGGCCUGGACGUCAGAUACAACGUAUCGGUGAUCAAUGGGACCAGUCCUUUUGCCCACGACUACGACCUGACUCACAUUGUCGCUGCCUAUCAGGAAAGGAAUGUUACCACUGUCCUCAGUGAUCCCAACCCAAUCUGGCUGGUGGGCCGGGCCGCUGAAGCUCCUUUUGUGAUCGAUGCUGUCAUCCGCUAUCCCGUGGAAGUCAUUUCUUAUCAGCCAGGGUUCUGGGAGAUGAUAAAGUUUGCCUGGAUCCAGUAUGUCAGCAUCCUGCUCAUCUUCCUCUGGGUGUUUGAAAGAAUCAAAAUCUUCGUGUUUCAGAACCAAGUAGUGACCUCCAUCCCUGUAGCCGUGCCCCAGGGAGAGAUAAGGAAAGAGCACUUAUCCUGAGAAGCUUCUGUCAGGAGACCGAGGGACCAUGGCUACCUCAUUCCUGUCUUCUGAGACUGGCGGUUUUACAACAUUUCUGCAAAGAGCCCGCUGGACACUCUCAGGCCUGCGUGUUUCACCUCAGAGACAAAGAAUGGAUUGGUUGUACGGCACAACCCCCACGUCUUCAAAGCACGGGGGCAACCUACAAACACUAGUUUGUGGAAAGGUCGCAGGGUUACCAGAGGCUAUGAUUUUUGUUAUGUUUUGUUUCUGGUUUUGCUCUGCUUUGGCCUUGAAUUUCAGGAGAAAAUUGUGGUGAGUUCAUACAUCUUUGAAAGAGCCCCACCUCUGGUCAAGGGAGGAGUUUACUUCUUUUGAACUGGGAUGCCCUGUGCACCCCUCCCUCCUAUCAUAAGCUAGCUACAUUUUUAGCCUCCUCGGGUCUCUCACAAGAAAUUUGCAAAUCCCUAGUACUUUCUGCUCCUAGAUAUCUACACAGUGCCCAUUCAGAACUUUGAUUUCCAGAGCUGAAGCCUUCAACUGGAGAACGGAAGGGGGCAGGGCGGGCCCUAAAUACAAGAGUCUCAGAAACAUGUGCACGCUGGCGGGUGACUUAAGGGCAGGAGGACCAGACACCUGCCCUCAGCCCUCAGGCUAAUAGAUGGGGGUCUGUCAUCAGCUCAGCUAAACAGCCCUCUGUUCCUGCCCUGCUAUGGCUGGCUCUGUGCCCUGUUUCUUGGCCUCUGUCUGUGCCCCUGGGAUGGUGGCUGGAGUCAGAAGUGCUGUUUCAUUCAGUCUGUCCGCCUACCCCCAGCAUCAGUGGAGGACAUUGGGCUUCUAACAACAGGUUCUUUCUCCCUGGCCCUCACCCAACCGCCUAGCCACUCCUCCUCCUCCUUGCUGGCCUUCCCCCUUUCUGAAAGGAUGUGGGUGACAGAGGGGUUGCUGUUGGCAUUGGCUUCCACUGCCUGACAACCGCAGGGUUUAUUCGGAGGCUG